AUGGCUGACGAAGAGCUUUGCAACGAUACAGAAGUUCUUGAUGAAGAACCACGUAGCAUUUUGCUGGGACUCAUCUCGCAAUUGCGCAAGGGAAUGGACUUGCAUCGAGUUACCUUGCCAACAUUUGUAUUAGAACCACGGAGUAUGUUAGAAAGGAUCACCGAUUUUAUGAGCCAUCCUGAAUUGAUUUUAAGGUAUGUGCUUUGCAAGAUAUUAUAUACUAGCAGAACCGCGUUCGAACACUUCCUUACCGAGCAGGUCAGCUUGGUGAAAUUUCAAGUUGCGCACCUAAUGUUAAAAUAUCAAAAUAUUGUCUAUAGUGUCUCAAAGGAAGAAGACCCUGUUAAACGGUUUGUUAAUGUGAUGAGGUAUUACUUAUCUGGAUGGCAUAUAAAACCAAAGGGUGUAAAAAAACCCUAUAACCCCGUAUUAGGCGAACACUUUCGUGCACGAUGGCAAUUUCCUGAUAAUACAGAAGCUUUAUUUGUAUCUGAACAAGUUUCUCAUCAUCCUCCAAUUUCAGCUUAUUAUUAUGCAAGCCCCGAAAAUAACUUAAUUAUCGCUGGAGAUAUACGACCAAAAUCCAAAUUCCUCGGGAAUAGUGCGGCAACUUUGAUGCAGGGUGAAUCCAAAAUCUUCUUCACUAAUCGUCCCGGUGAAGUUUAUCGGAUUGCAAUGCCAAAUGUUUAUGCACGGGGUAUUCUUUUUGGGAGGAUGGUAUUAGAAUUAGGUGAUAAUUCUACGGUUAAAUGUGAAAAGAAUGAUUUGGUUUGUGAAUUAGAAUUUCGGACAAAGAUAAAACGUGAAUCAACAGGAGAGUCUCUAUAUGAAAUUACCGGAAAGUGGUCAGACAUUAUGUAUAUUAAGGAUCUUCGGACGGGACUUAAAGAAGUUUUAUUUAAUGUUCACGAAUCUAAGAUAUAUCCAAAGAUUGUGUCCCCAGAGGAAGAACAAGAAGAAAAUGAAUCCCGACGUUUAUGGUCAAAAGUUACAAAUGCUUUAAUAGGGAGGAAUCUGGAUCUCGCUACGGAAGAAAAAACGCUGAUCGAAGAUAAUCAACGUAAUGAAGCCAAGCUUCGAGAAGCCGAAGGAAUUGAUUGGAGACCCAGAUAUUUUUUAAGUGACAAUGAUGAAUUUAAAUUCAAACAAACUACACAUAUUUCAAAAGACCCCCAGACUGCAAAGCAUCAACUCGAAUCUUUUAUUUUCUCUUCGAAUUCACCACCCGGUUUUCAUUCACCGAAUGGACCUUAUCAUCAUCAUGACGAUUAA